UCACCAGAAGACUGAUAGCCGUACACAUGCAGACAGCUACAGCUACAUGUAGGAGCAAGUAACUAGUUACGUAUACAGAUGCACCCAUGAGGUUUGCAGGUGCAGAAGGAAUACCGGUAGUGUGCUUCCCAAAGCGGCUCUAGCAAACAAAAACGUCUCCUGUCUCACGCCUUUUGACGGAACUGGCGACCGUAGCUACCGUUCUUACAUUCAAACUAUGCUGUUUUCGUGAGUUUGCCGCUGAGUCCUACGUAGUGCAGUACUGUUAGAGCAGGAGAAGGAGUAGCAAAAACCGUCGUGAACAGGAAACAGCCGCAAGGAAAGAAACGACUGCAUGAAAACAUAAUAUCGGCUGAGUCUUUCGGACAACUGCCGCUCGUAUCGUAGCCUACACGGGUGUCUUCAUGGCGGUGGUGCAGGUGCUAGUGGUCGUGUUUACCACAGUAUCUUCCAUUCAGUUCACCGGUGUUACUGCGACGGAGGGAGAUAGUGGACACGCGCAACGAUGGCAACAGGCGGAAGAGUAUUUAUCUCACAGGAAUCUGCUGGGCAAGAAGUGUUACACUCACCUUGGCUGUUCACAAUCACGUUGCUGCGUGCGGAGAGUUGUGCUAGCCGCAGGCAGUGACCAGGUUACGUUUGACAAGUCUGGACUGUGUGCACCUGUGUCUGCUCUGCAAGAUCCUUCGUUCGAAUUGAACGUGCUGACGGGUGCACUGAGAACCAUACAGGACGCCCAAUCGUUCCUGCAGGCCGAAGCUAUGGAUCAAGAUCUCCUGGCCAUGUGUUCAUAUCGUGCAUUCCAGAAUUCCGAUGCUAGGGAUAAGCGAGAGGAGCAGAUCGAGCCCAGGAAGCUGGUAACUGCUGUCCUGCCACCGGAAGUCGCAUUUCUAAGAUUGUCCACAUCCACUACUCCAGCAACGGCCAUUGUAGAGCAGCCAGCAGAGCAAGCUGUCCGGUCGCCAUCUUCAGACCGCUCAUCAAUGAUGCAUGUCGAGACUGAAGACGUGGCUGAAACUAAGGCAGAAGAUGAAGCUGGUAAGUCAAGCCUACGUCGACGGGAACCACAGAUGGCCCAUCUCAGAGCAGAGAUAACAUCCGCACAGGAAGAACUGCAACUUAUUCUUACUGAGUUGAAGGAUUAUGAUGGGUAAACUUGGCAUUUCAUUUCUUGCCCUUUUCAGCAUAUAAUAAUCAUUUUUAACUUUUUAACUUGAUCCCUUACAACAUUCCGAUUUUUUAUGCCCCCCCCCCUCCAAAUCGGGGUCAAUUUCAAAUUUCAGGUUAAGCCUCUAAUCCUCAUGUCUUUUUCGGUAGAGCUACAAUGCAUAAUAAUGAUGCCGCUUGUUCAGUUAUUAAUCUUAUUAUACUGUAAACCGCCCGUGCAAGAUUGGAGUCAAUAAA